AUGGUAUAUACUUGUAAUAGACUUUGGGAGUGUCAGCCGGGGGAUCGGCGAAUGACAGACCAGCGUCAAAGUACCCCUAGUUAUGGGGCUAGAUUUCGGGGUUUGUGCCGGGGUCCUUCCUUACCGACAACUUGGGCUACCAAAAAGUCUGCUUCGGCGGUGUCGGUAAAUAGUUCCCUUGAUGGGAUGUAUAACACAGCCCCAGAUACUCCGUCGCCUGUCUAUCCGGAUAGGCUGAUCCGUCCCCUUCCCAAGCGUACUCUUCGCUCUCGGCUGUCUUCCGAGGCGGCCGAGUCCAUCUUCUACCCCCCGGCUCCCCCAGCGACCCACCUGUUCUACGGAACGUGUACGGAUAAUGGAGAUGCUGUGAAUGAAUCUAAAGUGUAUGUACAGCAGUGUGACGGCCCUGAACAGACCCCUGAGCGCGACCACCACCACCCUUAUGAGAACGGUUUUGAUGCGGAGAGCGGCGACGAAGAUGGCCCGGUGGUUGUGCGCCGCAGUGCCGGCUUUCGUGAAUCGUCCUCGUCCCCAACGAUGCCACCAGGGCACCCGGGUAACGGACCACGGACUCAAAUCAAGUCAUCCUCGGCAGGUCCCGACGGUUAUGAUGCCUUUGAGAACACUAACAAUAAGAAGAAACGCAAGAUCCCCACGCCGGGAACUCUAGCGGGUCAUCACUCCACACUCUCGCCUGAAUUCUCCAGCAUGGGUCUUGCGAGCUCCGCACCUACAUCAGGGGAAGGAAGUCAUGUGAGUACUUUCUACGGCACUGGAAGCCCUGCAUCCCCUGUGUCCAACGGUCUUUCCGGUGCGGGGAGAGGGCGUCUCGGGCGUCAUGGCGCUCGUAGUAGCACAGGCAGGGCUUCGUUGUCUCUCCAUACUCAGGUCAGUUGGCCACAAGCUCGGACGUCAGGUCGCCGCGACGGGGUUCUGUCUUCACCAGGUAUGUAG